GCCUAGGAUACGUUUUGGAUAAAAGCGAUUAUUCUUAGAAAGAAAAAAGACAAGAAACAUCUCUUCUACGCUUCCACAAUGGCUCCGAGAGCUGCUAUUCAACCAUCCAUUGACACAGUGAGGGAUGUGCUCUCGCAGUCAAAGGGAUCACCCAACGCACCGAACAUCGUCCCGGUGACUGCUUCGAUACCAGCAGACCUUCUGACUCCCACAGUCGCAUAUCUCAAGGUUGCUGCCAACUCGAAACGGUCGUUCCUUUACGAGAGUGCGGCGACGACAGAGACGAUUGGCAGAUACAGCUUCGUUGGAGCCGAUCCCAAGAAGGUGCUUGUAUCCGGCCCUGGCCAUGGACCGGAAUGUGACCCCUUGCCACUCCUUGAGAAGGAGAUUUCACAGUAUCGCGUUGCAACCGUUCCGGGACUGAAGCUGCCGCCGCUUACUGGAGGUGCAAUUGGAUACGUUGGAUACGACUGCGUCAGGUACUUUGAGCCCAAGACUGCUCGCCCCAUGAAGGAUAUACUAGGCAUACCCGAGUCGCUGUUUAUGCUGUUUGAUACCAUCAUCGCAUUCGACCACUUUUUCCAGGUGAUCAGGGUGAUAACGUAUCUGCAUGUCCCCGAAGGGGGAGCAGACAUAGAAGGACCCUACAAGGAAGCAGAUGAAUUGAUUCAGAAGACGAUUCAAACGCUGUUACAUCCUGAUGUGCCACUUCCUCCACAGCCUCCAAUCAAGCCUGACCAGGUUUACACGUCAAAUAUUGGUCAGUCCGGUUACGAAGGCCACGUUCAUCGACUAAAGGAGCACAUCGUGAAGGGUGACAUCUUCCAGACUGUUCCCUCUCAACGGCUUGCCCGGCCUACGACGAUCCAUCCAUUUAACCUGUUCAGACACCUGAGAUCUGUGAAUCCGUCUCCGUACCUGUUUUACAUUGAUUGUGCCGACUUCCAGAUCGUGGGUGCCAGCCCCGAGCUUCUCGUCAAAGAGGAGGCAAGAAGGAUCAUUACCCACCCUAUUGCCGGCACUGUUCCAAGAGGCAAAAGCCCGGAGGAAGACGAGAGCCUUGCCGAAGAGCUCCGCAGCAGCUUGAAGGACCGUGCCGAGCAUGUCAUGCUGGUCGACCUGGCCAGGAAUGACGUGAACCGCGUCUGUGAUCCAGCAACGACCCAGGUCGACCGACUCAUGGUCGUCGAGAAGUUCUCCCAUGUCCAGCACCUGGUGUCCCAGGUAUCUGGUGUCCUACGACCGGACAAGACUAGGUUCGAUGCCUUCCGAUCUAUAUUCCCAGCCGGGACAGUCAGUGGCGCCCCCAAGGUGCGAGCAAUGCAACUCAUCGCCGAGCUGGAAGGAGAGAAACGUGGUGUCUACGCCGGGGCCGUUGGGUAUUUCGGAUACAACCGCAGCAGUCUGGAUGGAAAGGAGAUCGUCGACGGCGCCAUGGAUACAUGCAUUGCCCUCAGGACAAUGGUGCUGAAAGACAACGUCGCCUAUCUCCAGGCCGGCGGUGGCAUCGUCUUUGAUUCUGAUCCCUAUGAUGAAUAUGUCGAGACCUUGAACAAACUAGGCGCAAACAUCCAGUGUAUAAAGGGGGCAGAGGAGCGGUAUCUCGCCCUAGAGAAGGAGCAUGCCAGUAAAUAG